ACUUGAGUGCGUACUUACUGGAGUAAUUGAACCAUGGUUAAUAUCUGCUAAAGAGUAAAAGAAGCAAUUAAACCCCGCAGAUUGUGCAUCGAGGCUGUGACUCAUAGAUGCUAUUCACAGACGAUUGGCUGCCUGCAGAGUGACGUACCGAGAUUUAUGUGUACUUACAAGGCCGUCACACAUGACGCAGCUAAGUAGAGGAGCACCAUCAGCAAGAGGACAAGGAAAGCAGCAACAACCACCUCGGUGUGAGCUGCUCGGAGCAGCCCUGCUCCACCUCUUGGUGGAGGAUUCAAGGCAGUCAACCUCUCAUUAGUUUGCUCAAUGAUGAGUUGUAAAGUAGUUGUAGCUGGAAAAUUUUGAUUUUUCCAUCUCAUUGUUUGGAAGUAUAACCAAACUCAGAGAGGAACUUGGUUGUAAUGAGCGAUUCGGAACAGCAGCAACUGCAUGUGCCUUAUAGAGAAUACAAUAGUCAUAACAACACCAACCCUGUGGAAACAGACUCUCUUGUUGAUUUAUCCGUAGCAGCUGUCAGCAGCAAUAGUAAUAAAACGGUUAUUGCUGAUGGUGAUCCAAUAGUGUUAGUGCCAGAAGUUGAAUUUGCUCCUACUACUAGUACAGAACAACCAGUAACCAUUGAUUCCUCCGGAGCUGACCGGGAGAGCCAGCCUCUCCUUGGUCGAUUGGAACUUGAUAUCACCUUCAAUCGUUUUCCAGACGAUCCACAAUUUUCGGAACUAGUAUGGCAGGCGGAGUGUGCAAUAGACAAUGGAAUAUAUCCACAAAGGAUAUACCAGGGAUCGAGUGGAAGUUACUUUGUCAAGAAUCAAGCAGGGAAAAUUAUCGCCGUCUUCAAGCCUAAAGACGAGGAACCGUAUGGCAGACUUAAUCCCAAAUGGACAAAGUGGAUGCACAAACUAUGCUGUCCCUGUUGUUUUGGCCGCAGUUGCUUAAUCCCAAAUCAAGGUUACCUCAGUGAGACAGGGGCAAGCUUGGUCGACCGAAAACUCGGCUUAGGCAUUGUGCCGAAUACUCGAGUUGUCAAGCUCGUCAGUAAAACCUUCAACUACGUAAGAAUCGACAGAGAGAAAGCUCGCAUGAAGCAGGCCAUACUGGAACAAUUUCCAGCAGUGGCGUCGCAUUUCAAUAGAAUAGGCUUACCUCCGAAAAUUGGAUCGUUUCAACUCUUCGUGGACGGCUACAAAGACGCGGAUUACUGGCUGCGACGAUGGGAGAGCGAACCACCGGCUCCACACUUGGCACAACAAUUCCAGCUUCAGUUUGAACGUCUAGUCGUUUUAGACUAUAUUAUUAGAAAUACAGAUAGAGAUUUAACUUUUCAGCAAGAUAAAGGAUUUGAUCGUUCUCAUUUCGAUAAACAAAUGAGUGUGAUGCGAGGCCAAAUAUUAAAUCUUCAACAAGCACUAAAAGACUCGAAGAGCCCUGUGCAACUUGUACAAAUGCCGGCUGUUAUUGUCGAAAAAGCCAAGGGAAGUGGAGCACCAAGGCUAUUUUCGUUUUCAGACACGUUUACUCAGCGCUUCCAAAACAAGAGUCCAUUCUUUUCCUGGUGUUGAUCAGUCUGACAAGGUAUCUCGUUCUCUCUGGACUCUCACCCACACUCUUUCUUAAAUUCUAUUCUGUUACUUUUCUCAAGUGCCCGAACUAUGUUGUAGAAUUAUGGAGAGAAUAUAUAUUGCCAAUACAUUUUUGUGUUGAUCUACUGUCGGAAGAACAUGUUGAAAGUGAUAAGCAAGACUUACGUAUGUGAUGAAUACUGCACGUAGCUUAUUCGGAGAAAAUGGUAUUUGUACUGUAUAAAUAUAUUAUUUUAGACAGGGGGUAUUUAGAAAAAAAAAAACUUCUUAAUGUGCAUUCCACGUUUGUUUGUUUUGGCAUUCACUUUGAGAGUAUCGUGAGUUGGAAAAGAUUGGAAACUUGAAUGUUGUAAAUUAUAAAAAAAAUUGUAAAUUACUGUAACAGGAGCGAGAGCGUAAAUGAACUUAUGAAUGUUACGCCAAAAGUAUAUUCCGUCUUUUUCGUGGCAGCAAUUUUUCUGUAAAAAUUUUGCUGAUUAUUUGCUAUGUGCUCAUGUAUUUGGUUUGUAAAUAUCGUUAAAAAAAUUUUUUUGGCUUUGUGAACCAUCAAAAUAAAAAUAUAAAAA